UAUGCACCUAACAGUUCAUCUACCACAUCCAUCUCUCUCCAGUUUAGAGAAGGGUGUCGUGGGGGACAAUGUCAAAUGCUGUACAGAAGUUCAGGCCAUGGAAAGUGUGACUGUGGGAAGUGCAAAUGUGAUGAAGGCUGGUACGGUGAAGCUUGUCAGUAUCCAACUACUUGCAAUCUUACACGGAAGAAAAGCAACGAAAUGUGCAAAAAUUCUCAAGAUAUCAUCUGUUCUGGUGCAGGCACAUGUCAGUGUGGCAGGUGCAAAUGUGCAAACUCAGAAGGAAAUGGACUGGUAUAUGGCAAAUUUUGUGAAUGUGAUGACAGAGAGUGCAUUGAUGAUGAAACUGGAGAGAUUUGUACAGGCCAUGGAAAGUGUUACUGUGGAAACUGUUACUGUGAGGCUGGUUGGCAUGGAGAUAAAUGUGAAUUCCAGUGUGACAUCACCCCCUGGGAGAUCAAGAGGAGAUGUACAUCUCCAGAUGGCAAAAUCUGCAGCAACAGAGGCACAUGUGUAUGUGGGGAAUGUACAUGCCAUGAUGUGGACCCAACUGGUGACUGGGGAGAUAUUCAUGGAGAUACUUGUGAGUGUGAUGAAAGAAACUGCAAAGCAGUGUAUGAUAGAUAUUCUGAUGACUUCUGUUCAGGUCAUGGGCAGUGUAAUUGUGGAAGAUGUGACUGUAAAGAAGGAUGGACUGGGAAAAAGUGUGAACAUCCACAUUCAUGUCCAAUGUCGGUUGAAGAAAGCAUUAAGAAAUGCCAAGGAAGUUCUAAUUUACCUUGCUCUGGAAGAGGGAGAUGUGAAUGUGGCCAGUGCACUUGUUUCCCUCCAGGAGACAACAGGGUUCAUGGCAAAAACUGUGAAUGUGAUGAUCGACAGUGUGAAAAUGCAGAUGGCGAUGUCUGUGGGGGCAAUGGUAUCUGCUCAUGUGGCCGAUGCAUUUGCCAGGAUGGGUGGUUUGGAAAGUUGUGCCAGCAUUCAAGGAAGUGCAACAUGACGGAGGAGGAGAGCAGAAGUCUCUGCGAGUCAGCGGAUGGCAUAUUAUGCUCCGGGAAGGGCUCCUGCCACUGUGGAAAGUGCAUCUGUUCACCCCAGGAAUGGUACAUUUCGGGUGAUUUCUGUGAAUGCGAUGACAGAGACUGUGACAAACAUGAUGGUCUCAUUUGCACAGGUAACGGUGUUUGUAGCUGUGGAAACUGUGAGUGCUGGGAAGGAUGGAAUGGAAAUGCUUGUGAAAUCUGGCUUGGGAGAGAAUACCCUUAAUGAAGGAUGUCAAAGACUGAGGAAGUUUUUUUUGUUGUUUCUUUUUCUUUAGGCUGCUAGGACAUUUAAUUUCAGAAGUGUCUGGGUGUGGGUAUGCAUGCACGCACACAUACGUGGUUGUAAACACCUUAGAACACAUUUGAGGAUCUGCUCCGUAAAGAAAUGCAUCAGAAAACUAAACAAGGGAACAGGACCACCCAAGCUCUAGAGGGUAAAGUCAUAAAAUACUUAUGGAAAAUACGUAUGGAACUUCUCCAGAGAUUUUUUGUAAAUUCAGUGGGACCAAUAUUAUACCUAUAAUAACUAUUUCUUUGAGCAACCUGAGGCAAAGGUAUAAGAAAACCCUUUUUUUAACAUUAUUUACUUGGUUGUCAUGUCUCCUUAUCAGUAUGCAAAAAUACACCUGUAGAAGAGUAGCCCUAGUUCAAUAUUUGUCAAAUAAUUAGUUUGAUUUGUUUUAUGGUGUUUGAAAAAUACAUUA